UUGACAGGUCGUAAUAACAGCAAGCGAGAAGCUUUGGAUGAGAAAGAAGUCGAAGCGCUUGGAUUCACCAAAAAUAUUUACACUUUUUAGCUCAUCGUUCACGUUCGGUUAUCAUCCUCAUCAUUAGCGCGAAAGGCGCGCAAAGCUAAAACGGUGUCCUAAAGGUAGCCAUUUCCAAGACGAUUGCGCUGAUGCGAACGGGCUGUGGCAUCAUCGGUGGGUGCAAAUUUCUUGGCGUGCAUCGAACCCAAACUCGAUGGAACUUAUGAACUCCGAACUGAAACCGAAGUCAGCCUCGAAUUUGCAGAAAGAGGAGCUGGUGUUGAUAUUCGAGGAGUAUCAACAGAAGGCGAAGCUGGAGAACCUGGACGACAGCAAGGAGCGUCAAAAGUUCUGGACGGAGGCGACACAGCGACUGAACAAGAUCGAGGGCGGCACGGUCAAAUCAUGCUCGAAGUGGGUGAAGUAUUGGGCGGACGUGCUGAUCAACCUGCGCCGAAAAUGCCGGCUGGUGGUGGAGGGACGCUCGAAGCGCAUCGGACCCACCCCGUUCGAGGUGCGCAUCAUGCGAGUGGGCAACCUGUACGAUGUGCUGGAACAGUGGACCAAAGCGGUCGACAAUGGCGGCGAAAUGAGCACGCUGCAAAGCGUGGAAGAGGAAUACUAUCCCGAGGACACGGGCGUACAGAAGGAAGAGAUAGUGGUGGAAAACUACACGGAGGAUCCGCUGGACGAAGAGUUUGUGGCCACCUUUGCCAAACCGGUCGAGGAGCAGACGGCCCAAACUGUCACCACACACAUGCAUCUUCGGAAACAUUCGGGCGAAGGCUAUAAGCAGCUGGUCAACCACCAACACCAGACCGAGUACGUCGAGCUGACCACGCUGCACAAUGCCACCAGCGAAUUUUUACGACCCAAGAGCAGUGCAAUGUCGGAGCCACAGGAGCGGCUGAAGGAGAGCCUGAAGCGCACCACCGAAAAGCUGGAAACAGUGAUGAAGAAGCGAAGGAUUGACGAUUCUCAGUUUGCCAUCGCCCAGGCGCUCACGAACAUGUCCGCCGCCAUAUUGGCCCUCUCGAACAGUUUGAACGAUCUGGCACAAGCCCUCGCCAACGGCACCAUGUCGUGAGCGGAGCGUGCUGAGGUCUCCAUGAACAUAAAUGAACAAACAAAAUGCCGUGAGCAAAGCAAGAACAGGAGAUAGAGAGAGAGAGAAAAAGAGCGAAAGGAGAGAAGCGCUGGAGCUGCGUAAGUAACGAUAAAAAGUUAAUUACUGGUUAAGGAUGCACCUGCAAUGCAUGGACGAAAUUUUAUUUCUAUUUUAUUUGACUCUGGGAAACUGCAAACCCCCAAGACGACGGACUCGACCGACGCAACUAGGUACACGAAAUAAAUGUAUCGUUUUAUUUCAUAA